AUGGGAGAGAGUGACAGUGACAAAGUGAAAAAUGAGUUGGGAGUCCGAGUAAGGAUAGCAGGACAGCGCCCAUGCUGAAAUAGGAUAGGCCUACCUUUUUAUUCUCACAUCGAAACAUUGGACUCGUGUGCUCCGGUCGGAAUAACGGCGAAUGAAACAUCGGAUCAUAUGGACAUGUACGUAACAACAGCAACUUGUAAGAAUCGUUUCCCUUUUCUGUUCUAUUGAGGGGGGUUGCAUCCAUAGCUUAAUUUACAGUUUACAGUAUUAUUUACGGCUUUCUCAAACUCUUCCGCUAUGUGGCAAAGUGACAGUGUGAGCCAGAUUGCGCAUAAGAAGAUAUUCUGGUAGGCUAUUAAACGUAUUUAACUAUGCUUGGUUUAGUUCAAAUUGAGAGCGUCAAGUCACUUUCUUUUUUUUCAUUCUACCGGACAGUGGGGGGUUGGACAUUUUUGCCCGGUUGGGAGUUACGGGGUGUACGGGGAUUUGGGGUUGGGGAGAAUAUGUCAUGCUGUGGUUAUCAUCCAUAUCGUGACCAACAAUGAACCACUGGCGCUAGAGCAGGAUCUCUAGUUUACCGGGUGGCAAACUUUGAGGCAAUGUUCCAACUCAGUGGAGCAUCCUAAACGCUGCGUAAAUGCGCUGUUUUGGCGUUGUUCGCCAUGGCCUAUACCGUCCAUGUAUGUCUGUGUCUUCGACGAUAAUCCCGUAAUCUCUAAUCCGAAGUACUUCAACUACUUUUUUUCACACCACUGGGUGUCUGUCAAUCUGUCUAUGGGUUUCUCUCCAUCUCUCCACAUGGUCCUUCCUUUAGAAUCUGUGUUAAAGAGUUUAUUCAUGAAGGGGAUCAGUCCCCAUCACCCCUACCCUGAAUUUAACUUUUACCACCAUUGUCAAAACAGACAGCAUGGCCCUGCUGGUGUAGUGGAAAAUAGUUUGAAUGAAUUUAUGACAGAGCUCCACAUGCAUAACAGUGCAAGGCCACUGUCUCACAAUGAUGACCUCAUGGUAUCAUUGAAUUAAUUAAUCUCUUCACUGACUACAUUAUUACUAUAAUCUGUAAUCCUAACCCUUUUUAGGGAGAUUGUUCACAAAAAGGCUAAUAGUGUCUUGUAAAUCUGUAGUAAGUCUUACAAAGUUAUAGUGGAGUAAGUCAUGCAGUAGGUUACAGCAGGAUGGUCAAGAAAUAUUGGAUGGUUUGCAUAAGAACCAUAGAGUAUGGCUUCGUGUGUGUGUGUGUGUGUAUUUGUGUGUGAGAGUGGCCUGCUGCUCAUGCGCUAGCCUGCUGAGUGUGUGGGAACAGCUCUAUGGAAACUCAGCCUUGUGGGGUAAUUCUUACAAUCUGUCCUUUGUGUGUGAGUCGCCUGUGGAGAGGAUUAAUAAUAGCUAAUGAUCCCAUCAGCUGCUCACGAACACUGGUGAAGAAAGGGGUACACACACAGAAAAACAUAAACAUCACAAAUAUAGAUAUACUGCAGUCUACACCUGGAGCAAGAGGUGGCACUGGCAGGGAUUGAGUUUCGGGGUGUGUGUGUUUGGAGGUUAAUGUGUCUGAGAUGAGAGGUGUAUGUGGGGGGCUGCUAUGUUUUGUGUACGUGUGUUUGUGUAUGUCUAUGUUAGUGAAUGUGUUGGCUGGUAAAAAAUAAAAUCCAUAAAAUGUAAUAAAGACAACCUUCAUUUAUCAGAUUUGUUACUCAAACCACACCUCUAUCCAAAACUAAACCUAACCUUGACUAACCCAAGCUAAUCCUCUCAGCGUCCGGCUUGGAUUAAGGAUUCAACUGUACGCUUGGAGUUCAUCAUGGUCUAAGGAUUUCACAAUCUUAGACCAGAAAACACUUGGGCAGUUCCAUGGUGAUGGUAGAGGUUGCAUGUGUACAUUAUAUUGUUGUACAUUAAAUAGGCUUCAAAUUAAUAUUAUUUUAGUUUAUCUGUCCGUCCUUCACUCCCUCGCUCUCUCUGCCAGCCACUUACUCUCUCACAGAAACACCCAACCGUAAAGAUGCAGGUUAUAGUAAGGGUAACUAACACUGUUUGGGAUAGCAAAUGGUAAUAAGUGGUUUGAGUGUUCUGUGUAAAAGGUAGACUACUGCUGAGCCGUCAUGUCAGUUUCAUCUACAGGCGUGUGGAGUUUUAGCCUCAGCUCAUUUACUGAACCUUUGUGUUAAUUUAGGUUUGGCCUUCGCUGGCCUAAGUAAGAUCAGGUUUAGCCUUUAAUCCUUUUGUGUUACUGUCUUAUCAUAGCUAAGACACCUACCCUGUGAGGUGGCUGUAAUGUAUAUUACGCUCUGUUCUUGGAGAGGCGCUGUUUAUGGUGACUGCAUGUGGCUGGUGUCUUGCUUGUUUAGACUGAUAUUGGAUCCUCUUUUCCAGAGUACUUCAACCAGAACAUUUUGGAGUGUGUGUAAUGCGUAUGACACAGUGGACAUACAUGCAAUCUAUCAAAUGCCUGGAAUAUAUGAGCAGGAGGAAGAGUGGCAGUUUUACACUCUUUUACACACACAUACUCAUGUGUACACUUGCACACUCAGAUGGUUUUAUAUUCCUGGCCCAAGCUCCUCUGUAGAAUUUCCUGUGUAGAGUCGGCCAUCAGACUUCCUGUAUUCAGGAUUGGAUGCAGAGGGGGAGGAACCGGGGUAAUGGGAAACAGGGAAGGAAAGGAGAGAGAGAGGAAGCCAAAGCACAGAGUGUUUGCUGGAGUCAGUGUUGGUUGUUGUGGUUGUUGAGCUAUGUACAAUGCAGCCACACAGCAUUGGACACGACACAUGAGACAAGCUCUGAGGGAAGGAGGGGAGGUAAGUGAGUGGGAGCUAGGCAAUGGUCUGUUAAAUGGCUCUCCUUCCCCAUACGCAUUUUGCCUUCUACAAUAUCACUUAUCUAGUCCUUUCUCAUCAACGGUCAUGAAGGAAAGGUGAUUAGGAAAGGAUGUUUUUGAAAAUAGGCCAUGGAGUGAGAUGGAGUGUGGUAGAGAGUAAGGGGAGAGAGAGAGUGUGUGUGUGCAACCUGUAAUGUCUUCCCUCCUGUUCCUUUACAGGAUGUGUCCUCGGAUCUGUGUAAGCCACACCGCCGUACUAAGUCCUCCCAGCAUGCAGUAGGGGCGGUCCACCUUAACUCCACAGGUAAGACACACAAACACUCAAUCACACGCACACACACAGACUCUCCAGACCUGACUGCUGGAACACACUGACGGCUGGCGCGCAGACAAAAGCAAGUCCAUCCUGCAGUGUCUGUGAACUGUGACCUUAUCUUCCUCAUUGAGCCAAAUCUACUCAUUGGCAGUAGUGAGUCUGUGUAUGUCUGGCUGCCUGUGUGUGUAUGUACUAGCCACUUAUCGUCUUCACCCCGUGUGGAGUAUGAAGCCACUACGUGCAAACACCAUUGCAUGUGUGUGUGUUAUUGUCUCUCUCUUAAUCUUCAGUACUCCACUAUGUCUAUUACAAAGUAUCUUUCCCUCUCUGUGAUUAGUUCACGGUAUUGCCCUCUAAAGGAACCAGGAUGUUUACAGGUUCUACCAAGAACCCAACCCCUAAAAUACCUCAGCCUGAGCGGCUGGACGAGGUGUACUCCGCACUGAGGAGAGGUCUACAGUGAGUACACACACACACAGACACACACACACACACACGACUGGCCUGGCUGUUGUAGUAGACAGGUCAACAGCGAGACAGGAAAGGGUUCAAAUGACAUCACAAUGCUGUGUUCUCAGGUCAUACCUGCAGGUCCACCAGCUGGAGCUGGACAGCCUGGGGCAGCAGAUCAGAGAGUGCAAGAGAAAUGGCCGUCUGGUGAGAACACACACCACCAAUCACACCAGUCUGACCAGUACUAACCCAUCAUCACCACACUGGCCACUGCCACUCGCACCAUCCCACUUAGGGGACAUUUCAUUUCUCAGGACAUUCUGUUAGAGUGAUACUGUGUGCAUGGUGAUGUUAACUGUUAUAUGCCUCCCUUCCUCUCUCUGCAGGGGUCUCUGUAUGAGUUGGAUAAGGUGGGUUUCAAUCACACCAGGGGAGAUGACUGUAUUAAUUCACGACUCUAUUAAUAAACAAAUGAAUAUGUACAUUUUGGGUUGAUUUAAUUACUGAAUAACUUGUCUUUGAUCUUUGUGCUUUAUCAGCAAGUGAAGGCCAUAGAGAGAUUUAUGCGCCGCUUGGAGUUCCAUCUCAGCAAGGUAUGACUUUGUGUGUGUGUGUGUGUGUGUGUGUGUGUGUGUGUGCAUCUGCAGUGCAGUAAGAUGCCUGUUAGCCAUACAUUUGUCAUAGUGUUGUCAUAAUGUUGUAACUACAGAGUAAACUCUGUUUUGUUAUAGUGUAACCAUCUCUAAUACUGUAUUUGAUGGCAGAUUAAGGAGCUUUACAGGUCUGCAUCACCAUAGUGUUUCUGCACAGCUUUAACGUUGCUGUAACAUUUGUGUAACGUUCCAGGUAGAGGAGCUGUACGAUGCGUACUGUAUGCAGCGGCGGCUGCGGGAUGGGGCCAGUAAGAUGGUGGCAGCCUUUAACUCUGCCUCGGGGAGCAAGGAGGCACGGGAGAGCCUGAAUGAGGCCAACAGGGGCUACAGGGAGUACACUGAGGUAAGGGGCAGGGGCUUAUGGGUACAAUGCGGAGACGUGUUAGAGAACAAGGCUAUUCGCUCUUUCAUAGAGCCUUUUAACGUUUAAAAUAGCCGUUUACAGAAUGGAAAAUAAAGUCAAAUAACUCUUGACAUAAGUAAUUUAUCAGAAAUAAGAGUUUGACUGCAAUGUCAUGUUGCUCUGACCACAAACAUCACGGAUUAUCAUUGAUAUGAAUUACUCAUUCUCUCUCUCGAUCUCUCUCGCCUCUCUCUCUGCAGCACAUGUGUUCGCUGGAGAGUGAACUGGAGAACCAGAUGGGAGAGUUUCACAUCAAGAUGAAAGGUGAGUCAUUUUCUCACCCUCCUCUUCCCCCCCUUUGUUCUGGCCCUCACUCCCAUCUGUUCUUACCCCCCCCCCCCCCCUCUCUCUCUCUCUCUCUCUCGCUCUUUCUCGCUCUCAUUCUGGUGUUCUCCCUGUAUGCAUAUGUUAUGUACUGUAACUGUAUGUGUCCUGUAUUGCAGGUCUGGUUGGCUAUGCGCGGUUGUGUGCAGGAGACCAAUAUGAGGUGAGAAUAGCUAAUGGAUACACACUCACCUACACCGACACAUACACACAUACAGUAUGCACACACACACACAAGGCACUGAUGGUACCCUUGACCCCCAGGUCCUGAUGCGUUAUGGGCGUCAGCGCUGGCGGAUGAAAGGUCGUGUGGAGGUCAGCAGUAAACAGGUGUGGGACAGUGACGACAACGUCUUCCUGCCUCUCAUCACAGAGCUCCUGUCAAUCAAGGUGAGAAAGCCCUUUGGAUGGAGCAUGAUAGUGUUUAUUAUCAGUAUUUACUGUAAGUAACUCUGGAUAAACGUGUUUGUGUUUAUAAUAACAUAUAUAAUAACAUAUAGUUAUUAUAAACAUGUUUAUAAUAACUAUGUUAUUACUGUAUUACCAUGUUAUUAUCAUAUUAUUGUACACAAACAGCAAAAAUAGCCAGAACUUAACAAUAGUCCUAAAAAACAUCACUUACCACCACCAUUCACCUGACUGUGGUUGUUUGUCCGAUGUGGUUGCCAAGGUGACUGAGCUGAAGAGCCUGGCCAAUCACGUGGUGGUUGGCAGCGUGUCCUGUGAGACACUCGACCUGUUCUGUCCGCUGCCUCAGACGGUUGCCGUGGAUAUCAACAACUUGGGGACAGUCAAACUGAACCUAGAGGUCACCUGGAGGUCAGUCUCACCUCAAUCAUCCCUCUUUACCAGUUCAUCCCUGUCUCAGCUCCCUCCCCCUCAACCCCUGUUCUACCUUCAUCUACCUCCCCAUUCUAUUGGUGAUAGCCAAACCAGGCCAUUUGUGAAGAGAAAGAGUACUGUUUGUGUCAAGACUGACUCAUACGUUUGUCAGUAGUAAUAACACACGAUACGGCUGUUUCUAUAAUGUAGAUCUCUAAUGUAAAUAUCUUGCCCACUCUCACUUUCUCUCUCGCUCGCUCGCUCUCUCACUCACUAUCCUCUCUCUCUCAGUCCGUUUGAUAAAGAUGACCAGACCUCGUCCUCCAGUACGGUUUCCAAGCGUUUUCUGUCCAAUCAGAGCCCUCCAGACACACCUUCCAUGCGCGAGCAGGUGUUUUAUGUGAGUCACACCUUGUCCUCCCUGCCUCUCUCCCCAGCUUUAACCUACGCUUAAGUCAGCUGUUCAUAAUUGGCUGGAAAACCUAAAUAUUGUUUUAUUGUUGUUAUUAUAACCAUUGAUUACUACUCGCUAUUAUUAGUUUAAUUUUGUUCUGUUUCAGCUGCUCCCUGGCUGCUGUGUUUGUAGAGCUAGCAGUGGUGUGUGUGAUUGUAGUAAAGGAGUGUGUGAGUGUAUCAGUGAGCUGUGUAGGGGUAGGAGAGGAGUGUGUGAGGGUACAAGAGCAAGUUGUGUAUUGGUGAGCUAUGUAAAUGUAGGAGAGGAGUUUGUGAGGAUAGGAGUGAGUUGUGUGAGGAGUGGAGAUCUGGUUGUGGAGCGAAUGAGGGUACCAGUGAUAUGUGUGAGACCAGAAGUGAGUACGAAUGUAGCUGUGGUCCUCUUAGCUGUUUAAUAGUGGUUGAGUAGCAGUCCAAUUUCUCCCUCCUCUUCCUCGCCGAAGAGCGUUUCUCCUCGGAGCAGGGCCAGACUGGGCCAACGCUGGUCAACGUUGGAAGUGUUCCGUGACACCUUGGCGGACAGGCUCUCUCCACCCAGCCGCGUCCACUCACAGUUGGUGUGUGGCUGCAUACAGUUGAAGAAGUGUGGUUGUCUGUAGUUGAAAUAUGGUGGUUUGGUUAGUGUGUGGUGGUUUGUAGUCAUGUUGUGAUUUUCAGUGUUCUGUACUUGGUAAAUGUGAACUAGCUACUGAGUGAGUCUUGGUCCAUGUAGUUUGAUCAUUGCAAUUUUUGUGUAAUGCAGUGCCAUCUAGGGAAUUUGAUUAUUUUGUCCUGACAUUCAGAUAUAUUGAAAAUCAUGUUUGUAUUUAAAGCUUAUAUUCAGUGCGCAGUUCUGGUGUAAUUGUUCUGUCAUUAAUGGUAUUUUUGUUUUCCAUGUUUUGUCAGAUGGACUUGCCUAUUAUUGAUGACAUCUUUCUCUCUUCCUCUGCCCCCACCCCUUCCCUCUCUCAUUUCUUGCUCUCUGUAGUCUCUAUUGAGGAGACCAGGGGAGCUGGAGAAUGGUACAGUCUGGUCAAACUCCUCUGAAUCAUCAGACGACUCUUCCAGCCCUGCCAUGGGACACACACACAGGAUGAUGGCCACUCACAGCCUGCAAACCACACCCACUAUCCAGAUCUCCUUCAACCCCCGCCAAGCAAGCGUCUCUACCCCAUCCCUCUCGUCCAAUCAGGAGGAAGGGGAGUCAGACGCCACCAAGGGAUUUGGCGGAACAGACUCUGUGAAGUGUGCACUGCCAAAUGGCCAUUUGAAGUGUUCUCGAUCUCUCAGCCAUAUCAGCGAGAGAGCCAUAGACUGUGCUUCGACUAACAGGUUGUCUGCUCAAUCAGUUGAGUCCUCUGAAAUGCCAGAACCCCUUCCCCACUUAGACCUUGAAGUCUCCUGUGUGGCUUCUCAAUGCUCUAACCAGGACAUGCCUGAAGCCUUGGACUUGCCUGAAUCUGGGGGCCAAGAGUCAUGUGUUUCAACCCCAGUGGAUCAGGGUGAUGCUCCUCCAGCCUCAACACUGCAGGCCGAGAAGCCUAGGGCUGGGGUAGAGCCUCUUCCCACAGACCGUGUACUGGGAGAGGGACUGAGGGAGGAAAAGUCCUCCACGGAACACAAUCACAGACUCCAAUCUACCCAGCCACAAGAGCUAACACUACCAGAAGAGACAGUGACUGUGAGUGUAUGUGACAGGUGUGUGGGUAGACAUGUAAUUGUGUGAUGUGUGUACUAAGUCUCUUUCCUCCAUAGGGUCGAUCUCACUAUCGGUCCUCCAGCUUCACUCAGGAAGUUGAGACUGCCCUGGAGAGCUUUGAUUUUCUCAACUUCUCUGACCUUGACGAUGAAGAAGAGGAAGAGAAAGAACAAGAAGUGGAAGAAGAUGAACAGAAGAGGGAUGAGGAGGAGAAGGAUCAAGAGAAGGAAGAUGAGACAAGGGACUCUGCUGAGAGGUCAGCAUUCCCUUCUCUUAUGUAUCAGGCUCUAACUGAACUCAUCCUGCCAACUAGUGUUUGGAAAGCUGAAUGGCACGUGAAUUUAGUUGAGUCUGGAUGGUGGAUUUAGUUUGUAUAAUACUGGGUGAAGUUGCAUAGUGUUAUUUUUGAAUGUUCUACUCUCACACUUAUUUGAAUGUGCCCAAAUCCUUCAUAUUCAUUUCAUAAGACAGAACUGUUUGCUCAAUAUUUUGUAUUACACAGUGAGUCAGAGUCUGUGUGUGAGUGUGUAUGUCAGAUUAAGUUUGUCAGACUGUGGUCUGUAAUAUUCUCCUUUUUGCUUUCCUCAGCAGUGAAGAGUGUGAGGACGAUGUUAUAGAAAUCAUUGUCGAGGCCCCUGAAGGCUUCCGGAAUGAGGACUGUCCUCCUCUAGAUGCAGACUGCAGCUCUGAGGUAAUGAUAAUGAUCAUGGGUUUAUGCAUGUAUAAAUAGUGCCUUAUGUUUGAGUGUUCUAAACUGUAGGCAACUUUGCAUGUAACAUUUACAUAGGAGGAGGAGAGUAGCGAGCAGCUGCAGGCCUCCAGUGAGACAAAGGACGAGCAGAAGGAAGAACAGGAGAAGGAGGAAGUGGAAGAGGAGGGAGGAGGAGCAGGUUACAGAGACGGAUAUCCCUGCCACACAGGAGCAUGGUGAGAGGGGAGGGUCAACUGCUAACUUGAGAGUGAUUUGAAGUGUGAGUGGUGUUGAUCGAGAUGUGUGUGUGAUUUGUAUAUAUUGAUUGUGGAGGUGUCAUUGGUGGAGAGUAAGUUGUAUUUAUGCUUCAUGCAGGUGAUGAGGCAUCCUGUGAUGAUGAACCCAGCUCCUCCACCCCCAGCAGAAUGGCCACCACUCUCCUUUAACAUAAUUGAGAUGCCACUUCCCCAGACCAUUAUCAGAUCCCAUCCUAAUCCCACCACUCUCCUAAGAGAUCCAUUCCAUUUCACGACUAACAGAUCAAAGAGCUCCGCUCCUCUUCUAGAUCAGACAAGUGAUUUCUGCCAUGGAGGUGGAGAUUGCGCAAAUGAACAUACAUAUAUUUGCCUCCCUCUCUCCACUCUUGAUUGACAACAUUAAUGACUAUUGUUGUCUUGAAAAUCCACUCAUCCAAAGGCCACACGUACGCACACAGCCACCUUACAGUGAAGAUAGGCAUCUUUAGUCUAAUGGAGCCUCUUCAUUCAGAAAGUGCCUCAAGUUACAGAAAGGGGGAUUGUCAAUUAACGAAUACAUGAAGAAAAUGAACUUUUAUUACGAACCAGAGAAGAAAAUGAAUGGGUAUAAAGAAGAGUUUUGAUACAUUGUUUAUUUUCAGGAUGACUUACAGAUUGUGCACUAUAAAAGAUACAAUUAUUUACUGCUUCAUAUAAAUAAAUAAUGUUGAGCAAAUGUGUUGCCUGCUUUCAAAUGUUUAAACUUUAUUAUAAAAAAUAUGUUGG